CUCUAUUGCUCUGUGUUUCUGUUUUCGCUCUGCAAUUUGUGUAAGAUUUUCAUAUAUUGUUUUUGAUUCUUGUCUUUCAAUUUCAGUUGGUGGGUUUCGGAAUGGGUGUCCGAUUCGGUUUAACCGAUCCCAUUUCGUUGGAUUUCCCAACUCAACGCGAUGUGGAGAAAUCCAACGAAAUCGAGAUGAUCCUGAGAGAGAAUGGGGGAUAUGCCGGCAGGCAAGAACGGGUGCUUAUGGAAGAGGUUUUAGGGCUUCUCGAUCGGGUCGUUAAAACUUGGAUCAACAAUAUUUCUAGAGCCAAGGGUUUCGCUGUGGAGUCCAAUGCUAGGGUUUUCAGUUUUGGGUCUUUCAGGUUAGGAGUUUAUGGGGCCGGUGCCGAUUUAGACACUCUAUGUGUUGGGCCUGUUUAUGCUUCAAGGGAAGUUGAUUUCUUUGGUGAGUUGUAUAAGAUGUUGGAGUGCAUGACUCAAGUUACUGAGUUGAUUGCUGUCCCUGAUGCUUAUGUUCCUGUUAUUAAGUUCAAGUUAAAUGGAGUGUCGGUUGAUCUAGUCUAUGCGAGGCUCACUCUUUUUGUUGUUCCUGAUGAUUUAGAUAUGUCCAGUGGUUCUGUUUUAUCGUGUGUCUGCCCUCAUGAUGAGCAGUCCAUUCGGAGCCUUAAUGGUUGUCGGGUUACUGACCAAAUCAUUGGUUUAGUCCCUAACGUGCGAACUUUUCGCACCACAUUGAGGUUUGUUAGACUGUGGGCAAAGCGCCGUGGUCUUUAUUCCAACGUUGUUGGAUUUCUUGGUGGUAUAAACUGGGCGUUGCUUGUUGCUCGCAUAUGCCAACUUUACCCUAAUGCAUUUCCUAAUUUGCUAGUGUCUCGCUUUUUCAGGAUCUAUUCGGAAUGGCGUUGGCCAAAUCCAAUUAUGCUCUGCGAGUUCAAAGAAGAAGACGGGCCUUCAUUUCUUGGACAACAGGGUUGGGAUCCUAGAAGGAAUCCAAAGGAGAGGUACCACGUGAUGCCUAUAAUUACUCCAGCUUAUCCGUGUGUGAACUCUAGCUACAAUGUCUCCUCCACUACUCUGUGCAUCAUGUCUGGGGAGUUCAAGAGGGGAAAUGAAAUCUGUAAGGCUAUGGAAGCAGGACAUGAGGCUGAUUGGCAUACCCUGUUUGAGUCGUAUCCAUUCUUUGAGGAGUGUAAGAAUUACUUGCAGAUUAGCAUCAAGGCAGGGGAUGCGGAUGACUUUAGAAAAUGGAAAGGCUGGGUUGAGUCCCGUCUCCGUCAACUGAUAUUGAAAAUUGAGAAACAUACUUCUGGCAUGCUGCAGUGUCGCCCAUACCCAGGUGACUUUUCAGACAAAUCCCUACCUUUGCAUAGCUCAUACUUCAUGGGUCUACAACGUAAACAAGGAGUUCCAGUCAAUGAAGGUGAGCUGCAUCAUAUUGAUAUAACAGGAUGUGUUGAUGAAUUUAAGCGUGCUGUGGAUGAGUAUGUGUCAAAGAAGAUUGGAAUGGAGAUCUGUGUUUCCCUUGCAAAACAGAGGGACAUACCUGAUUUUGUAUUUCCUGGAAAGUCUUUGGGGAGAAGCCAAUGUGAAGCUAAAGCAAGUGUUCAAGAUGUAGCAGGUUCAGGUCAGAAGAGAAAGAGAGUGGAUGAUAAUGUGGAGACCGACUUUGCUAGGUGCACCAAGUCUGUACGUUCCUAUCAAAAUGCUCCCGCUGAAGCUUUCCUGAGGUGCAAUCAACCAUUGUUGAGGCUCAUACAUGGUUAUUGAGUACUCAAAUUUUUGUUCCUAGGAAAUGUAGUUUAAGAGUUUAAGUUGCCACUCUAUGUAAGUACUAUGUACAAAUUGAACAUACAAAUUUUAAUGAAAUACAUGAUUCUUUUUUCAGAAUUGUUUCCCUGCUUGCUUUCUUUGUUUC